UGAGUUAGCCUUUCAGUUGUUGUAGAGUUCAUUGGUUAGAGAUAGCCGCUCCAGUUAUUAUAGAACUCAAUGGUCUAGACAUGUAUAUUUUGAGUUAGCCUUCCAGUUGUAUGUUCAUUGGCUCUGAGAUCUCCGGAGUUUACUGGUAGCGAGUGGCGUGGCGGCCACUGUUUUCAAUAUGUCAACUUUAUUUACAUUGUACGAGUCGACUCCGUCACUGAGAAUGAAUAUUGUUUAUACAAGCUCAAUAUAGGCAGCUUCAAAAGUCAGAAAGAAACUAUUUAGUGAGAUUUAUCAUGGGAAACAUUGUUCCCCUUGACCGGAACAACUCGUCUUUUUUAAAGGUUGAGGAGAAGUUGCCGGUCUUUUAUCAGGAUUCAAAAAUUAUAACCCGGAACGACAAUGGACAGGAAACAUUUAGACUUUAUUACAUUUCAUUAAACCAUUACGAAGCAGUGCUAUACCAUGCAGAGGAAAGAGCGGAUUGUCUAAGUUUAUUCAGGAUUGAAGAUGAGGAAAAAGCAAGAGAAAUGUUUGGGAAGCUAUGUGAGAAACUCACAUCUUUCUAUCAAUCAUCAUCAAGGUGUUAUGACACUCAGACACUGCAAUCCUUGCUCAACUGCCUUGAGGAAAAUCCUGGUAUGAAUCUUUCAGUUGUUGCAAGGAAAACUGGUCUCACAGAAUGUCUAAAGCAUGAGAAAAUUAGAGCAAGUAUGGAGAUUGUUGAUGCCACAGAUUCAGGUGAUAAUGGUGAUAAGAUUCUCUUGCAUUGGGCUAAGUUUGGUUUCAAGGGACAGAUCGACAACGUUGUGGAAGGAGUAGGCGUAAGCUCACUUACUCAAGAAGAUGAUAAAGGCAACACAGUUAUGCAUUAUGCUGUAAGCCAACCAGAAUUACUUGAUAAAUUAUUGCUUCGAGCAACUGAGCUUGGUGCUCAGGUAGUGAACAGUGUGAACAGUUCAGAGGAGACACCACUACAUUUUGCAUGUGUAAUUAAUAAUGCAAAAGGUCUACAGUCAUGAAUUCUUCUAAAUUUUAUUGAUUGUUCUGAUUUUUCAAAAAUCAGUCGAAAUGGAGUAUCUUCAAGAAAGGAAAGGAUGGGCGAUAAAUUCAUCAUCGCAACAAGCAAAAAACAGGUAGGUAAUCUAGUUAUCUCUCCAAACAUGAACAUGUUAAACUCCUUGUAAGACAAUACAAAUAUGGUAAAAACACUUUCAUUAAGUUGUACGCCAAAACAAUUUUGCUGUAUAUCUCAGCGCAAUAUUUGUUCUUCGUGUUUCUAUUUUCAUCUUAAGUGUGUACGAUUUAAUCUCUUUCAAAAUAUCUGCUUGAAAAGGUUUUUGCAAA